AUGCGGUCCAAUGGAAGCUCUCUGUCAACUAUUGUGAAUAUGCCUAAACCAGACCAAUCUGUGAUGGAUAAUAAUGAGAAUAGGUUUCUGAUAGAUGAGAGAAACUACAGGCGUAAUGAACAAAGAGAGGAUUUAGAGAGGUUGUUACGUAUGUCAACCGAUGAACAACGAAGUGUCUACCUAGAAAUUAUUGAAGCUAUGAAUUGUAAUAAGGGAGAAAUUAUUGAAGCUGUGAAUUGUAACAAGGGAGGUAUGUUUUUUGUUCAUGGAUUUGGUGGUACCGGAAAAACAUUCUUGUGGAGUAUUCUUGGCGCUGAUAUUCGAUCUAGGGGUGAUAUUGUUCUUAAUGUUGCAUCGAGUGGUAUAGCUGCUUUACUUAUGGAAGGUGGUAGGACAGCUCAUUCUAGAUUUGGUAUACCCAUCCAUGUGGACGAAUUUACAAUAUGUUCGAUAGAUGGGGGUGAUUUUAGACAAAUUCUACCGGUUGUACCAGAGGCUGGUAGAGUUGGGACAGUGUUAGCUUCUAUAAACUCAUCGUUGCUUUGGGAUAGUUGUAAAGUACUUCGGCUUACACAAAACAUGAGGCUUCGCAAGGCCAAAAAUAGUCAGAAUGCAGAUGCUCUCUCUACGUUUUCAAAAUGGCUACUCGAUAUUGGGGAUGGCAAGAUCAACGAACCUAACAGUGGUAAGGUCGAAAUAGAAAUACCCGAGGAUUUAGUAAUUGCUGCAUGUGACAAUCCUAUACAAGCAAUUGUUAAACAAAUAUACGGUACAUCAUUUGCAACAAGGACCGAUGCAAAAUUCUUUUGCGAAAGAGCUAUUCUUAGUCCAAGAAAUGAUGACGUCGAUAAAAUAAAUCAAUAUAUGCUCUCUCAACUUCCAGAGAGACAGUAUUUGAGUUCAGACAGCAUCAAGACUUCCGAUACAAGUGCUUACGACGAUAUGAUAUACACUCAGGAAUUCUUAAACAGUAUUCACGUUUCGGGAUUACCUAACCAUGUUUUGACGCUGAAAAAGGGAGCACCUAUCAUGUUGCUUAGGAAUAUUGAUCCUAAAGGAGGUUUAUGA